AUGGCUAUGGUGGCACAGCAUCACAGAGAGAGCAAUAGUGGGAGUCUAAAUAAGCAUCUUGAUGCCGCCGGAAAAUAUGUGCGGUACACGGCUGAGCAGGUGGAGGCCCUGGAGAGGGUUUACACCGAGUGCCCCAAGCCCAGCUCACUCCGCCGCCAGCAGCUGAUCCGUGAGUGCCCUAUUCUUUCCAAUGUCGAGCCCAAGCAGAUCAAAGUCUGGUUUCAAAAUCGAAGGUGCCGAGAGAAGCAAAGAAAAGAAUCUAGCAGACUGCAGAGUGUGAACCGAAAACUGACGGCCAUGAACAAGCUGUUGAUGGAGGAAAAUGAUCGCCUCCAGAAGCAAGUGUCACAACUGGUUUGCGAAAACGGGUUCAUGCGGCAACAAGUGCACACCGCACCUGGGGCUGAUGCAAGUUGCGAGUCGGCAGUCACGACCCCUCAGCAUUCACUUAGGGACGCCAAUAACCCUGCUGGACUCCUCUCAAUUGCAGAGGACACAUUGGCCGAGUUCCUUUCAAAGGCUACAGGAACUGCUGUCGAUUGGGUUCAGAUGCCUGGGAUGAAGCCUGGUCCGGGUUCGGUUGGGAUCUUUGCCAUCUCACAUAGUAGUACCGGAGUGGCCGCUCGUGCCUGUGGUCUUGUAAGUUUAGAACCUACAAAGAUUGUUGAGAUCCUUAAAGAUCGUCCGUCUUGGUUCCGUGACUGCCGGAGCCUCGAGGUUUUCACCAUGUUUCCUGCUGGAAAUGGAGGAACUAUUGAACUUUUGUAUACACAGGCAUAUGCUGCAACGACUUUGGCUCCCGCACGAGACUUUUGGACUCUGAGAUACACGACUACCUUAGAAAAUGGCAGUCUUGUGGUAUGUGAGAGGUCACUUUCUGGUACCGGGGCUGGUCCAAGUGCGGCUGCAGCUUCUCAGUUUGUGAGAGGAGAAGUACUUCCAUCCGGAUAUUUGGUGAGGCCGUGUGAAGGGGGAGGAUCCAUUAUUCACAUUGUUGACCACCUUAACCUUGAGGCACUUAAAUAUAUAAGGCAGAUAGCCCAGGAGACAAGUGGCGAAGUUGUAUAUAGUCUGGGCAGGCAACCUGCCGUCCUACGUACUUUCAGCCAGAGGUUGACCAGAGGCUUUAAUGAUGCUCUUAAUGGGUUCCAUGACGAUGGGUGGUCAUUGCUGAACUGUGAUGAUGGCGGAGAGGAUGUUAUAGUUGCUGUUAAUUCGGUUAAACACAUGGCGGGUGGUUCGGUUAAUCUUUCUAUGUUUGGAGGCGUGCUCUGUGCUAAAGCAUCCAUGCUCCUUCAGAAUGUGCCUGCAGCUGUGCUUGUUCGGUUUUUAAGGGAGCACCGUUCAGAGUGGGCAGACUUUAACGUGGAUGCUUAUGCAGCUGCAUCUUUGAAGAACUCGUACAUGUAUCCAGGAAUGAGGCCUACUCGAUUUACGGGUAGUCAAAUUAUCAUGCCAUUGGGUCACACAAUCGAACACGAAGAGAUGCUUGAAGUUAUCCGGUUGGAAGGACAUUCAGUCAGCCACGAGGAAGCUUUUAUGUCUAGGGACAUUCAUCUUCUGCAGAUGUGCCGAGGUAUUGAUGAUAAUGCAGUGGGGGAGUGCUCUGAGCUUGUUUUUGCGCCAAUUGAUGAGAUGUUUCCGGAUGAUGCUCAUUUGCUUCCUUCUGGUUUCCGCGUUAUUCCCCUCGAUUCAAAACCAGGUGAGUUACAGGACCCAUCGGCUUCACACAAAACACUAGAUUUGGCAUCAAGCCUUGAAGUGGGCCCCACAACUAGCAAUAGUGCCAAAAACAAUGCAGCAUCAUCAUCGUCUUACAGCCCGCGCGCGAUAUUGACCAUUGUGUUCCAAUUCCCGUUUGAGAACAAUUUGCAAGACAACGUGGCCUCCAUGGCCCGCCAAUAUGUUCGUAGUGUAAUUUCGUCUGUACAGAGAGUUGCCAUGGCUGUAUCUCCUUCUGGAUUGGGCCCUGCAGCCGAUCCUAAAGUUUCUCCACCUUCCCCUGAAGCCUUGACACUCGCGCAUUGGAUUUGCCAAAGCUAUAGCUAUCAUUCGGGUGCUGAUCUGCUAGGGGCUGAGUCCACAAGUGGUGAAGGAUUACUAAAAUCACUCUGGCACCACCAAGAUGCCAUCUUAUGCUGCUCGUUGAAGGCUGUGCCCGUAUUUUCGUUUGCAAACCAGGCUGGGCUUGAUAUGCUUGAGACGACGCUUGUUGCACUGCAAGACAUCACUUUGGAUAAGAUAUUUGAUGAUUCUGGACGAAAGGCAUUGUUUUCGGAGUUGGCCAAGAUCAUGCAGCAGGGCUUUGCUCACUUGCCCGGUGGCAUCUGCGUGUCGACAAUGGGCCGGCACAUUUCAUACGAUCAAGCCAUUGUGUGGAAAGUUUUUGGGGCGGACGAAAACACGGCACAUUGCCUGGCCUUCUCCUUUGUGAAUUGGUCCUUUGUUUGA